AAAGCGCAGAGGAGCAUGUCAAAAUAUCUCCCCUGUAACCGUCGACCGGUCACUCCCGCCCUCAAGGCCUCUCAACUCAUCACUUCCGCUGGCUCUCUCCUUCCGCUUCCUCUCAGCAGCUCCUCUCCCCCAUCCCCUGCCAUCUGAACCUCCCACCGUUCGGUUGCCGUGAAGCAGCCAUGCCAGCGCUUCUCGUGAACACCGCCUCGGUCUUCCCCGCCAGCCCAUGGCUACCCUCCUCACGGCCCACCGCGACACGGCGAGCUAGCAGUCGCCACAGGUGCCGAGCCGAAGCAUCCGGCAGCGGCGGCGGCGGUCGCAGCACCAACGGCGACGGCUACAAGCCGGGGGGCGUCCGCGGGUCGUGGGUCUCCGACUACGACCUGUACGAGCUGCUGGGCGUGGAGCGCUCCUCGCCGCAGUCGGAGAUCAAGGCGGCGUACCGGUCGCUGCAGAAGCGGUGCCACCCGGACGUGGCCGGCGCCACCGAGGGCCACGACAUGGCCAUCGUCCUCAACGAGGUCUACGCGCUGCUCUCCGACCCGGCCGCGCGCCUCGCCUACGACCAGGAGCAGGCGCGCCGCUCCGAGUUCGCCGGCUACACGGGCCGCCCGCUCUACUCGUCCUGGCGCGGCGCCGAGGCCGAGCGCCGGGCGGUCUUCGUCGACGAGGUGCGCUGCGUCGGCUGCCUCAAGUGCGCGCUCCACGCCUCCAGGACCUUCGCCGUCGAGUCCGUCUACGGCCGCGCCCGCGUCGUCGCGCAGUGGGCCGACGACGAGGACAAGAUCAUCGACGCCAUCAGCACGUGCCCCGUCGACUGCAUCUCGAUGGUUGAGAGGUCGGACCUGGCGGCUCUCGAGUUCCUCAUGUCCAAGCAGCCGCGCGGCAGAGUCCGCGUCUCUGAAGGCAACGCCGUGGGAGCUCGCGCGCCAAACAUCUUCAACGAGGUCGCCAAGUUCCAGAAGAGAUUCGAGGAGAUGAAACAGAAAUCUGCAACAAGAGAAUCCCAGGAGUCAGAGACGGCCAAGCAAUCCAGGACUUCAGCCGUGCACACCAUCAGAUCCAUGUCAAACUGGUGGUACUGGCGCCCAUUCGGGUCAUCGGCGCCGGCCACCAUCGUCCUCGCUUCGCGCCUCCUGCCGCCGGCGGCGGCGGCAUCACCUUCUAAAGCCGCUGACCCCGCGGCGGACAGACUCCAGGAAGCUGUCGCCGCCCGGCGCAAAAGGGAAGGCGCGGCGACCGCAGCCGCGCCGCACGCCCGCCUCGACGACUACUGGACACCGCAGCUGAACCUGCCGUCGUCUGCUUCCCCGCCGAGCAUUCACCAGAGGGCAAGGGACGCUCCGCAGGGCCACAGCCGCGGGCGACGAGCUGCUGCCGGUGAAGCGACCGCCGGGCCUGGGAGGAAGGGUGCAAGCAUCGACCUGACGGCGCCGUUGCUGCUGGGAAUCAUCUCGGCGGGGUUUGUGGGUUACAACGGGGAGGAGAUGGCCGGAAGCGGCAGCGGCGGCAUUCAGGAGCACUUUGGCGGCGCCGUUGCUCUUGGGAUCGUGAACAGCUUCGAAAUGAAGGUCAUGUUGGCCGGGGUGACCUGGUUCAUCAUCGGCGCCGCCAUUGCCGGUGUGAUCCAGGUGCUUGGAAGGAGGGGAGAGGACAUCUGGAAAUAAAUGUACGUGCUUGCGGAAUUGAUGUAUAUACCUAGGACAGUGAAAAUUUAGCAUAUAUAGUGUCGGCGACCGAUGCAAUCGGCUGUAUAAAAUGAUUAGCAUAAACAAGAUUGUGAAAAUUGCUCGCCGUUGGUCGUUGC